GUAACAGCAGCGCCAGAGGGGGUUAGAACCAGUGCUUUGCACGAUUUUCUGCAGCAGUCUUUCCCUGGAGGCCUUAGGUCAGUCAAUCCAUACCGGCCUGGGCUUUACGUGUUGUAAUCUGGCAUGUGGAGGCUGAGAUCAACAUGGAAAUAGCAUUUGUGAAGGCCCAUAGUACCAAUACAAGGCCUGUAGAGUCUACUCUACCUGGUAAUAUGGGUCUGUCGGAGAAACUAGACAGUCAGACGAGGCACGCAAUGCGGCGUUCGGCCUAGAACCCAUCAACUCAAUGACAAAAGACCCUGCACUCUGGAUACAAGGCUGAGGAUAUCCUGGGGACGUCUUGAUAUACGAGCAGGAGAGGUGGUCAUGAUCUGUACACCAACCACCGUCGUACAGGGCUACGGCAUGACGGAACUUACAAGUGCUAUUAUCCACGUCCCUGGUGGUCGUCACGAUGAGUCCGGCAGCGUUGGUCUGCUCAACCCCAACUGCGACUGUCGGAUUCUGGACGAGGACGGGAAUCCGGUAUCACCGGGUCCGCCGGGUGAACUGUAUGUUCGAGGACCGAAUAUCUGUCCGGGCUACUGGAAGAAUGAGCAGGCCACGAAAGAGAUGCUGGACCAGGAGGACUGGCUGAAGACGGGCGAUGUUGUCGUUCUCAGGGACGAUCUGUUCUGGGUCGUCGACCGCAAGAAGGAACCGGGCAAGGUUAAUUCUCCACAGGUCUCUCCGGCUGAACUGGAGGCUGUGCUGCUGGAGCAUGAUGGUAUUGCUGAUGCCGGGGUGGUUGGGAUUACCAUCCAGGGCCAGGAGUGGCCACGGGCAUACGUACGGCCCACGGAGGACAAGGUCGGCGCGUUGUCUGAGGUCCAGGCCCAGGAAUAUGUGAAGAGAAACGUUGCGAAACAUAAGCAGUUAGUUGGGGGUGUCAAGUUCGUCAACGAUGUGCCUCGACUGGCGAGUGGGAAGAUCCAGCGCUCAAAGUCCUCAGGGAAUGGGCUAAGCAGGAUGCACUCGGGACGCAUGCAAAGCUCUAGAUUGCUUCCUUUGCUCAGUUGA